AUGACAAUGAUCGACAAAACAACUGUCGCAGACCUCGUCGCCAAGUAUGGAUCCUCUAGUGCAACCGCCUGGCUUGAAUUUGAGCGGUACAAACUAUGGCAGCCCACAGAACCGGUUCUCGAAUCAUCGUUCACGCCAGUACAAGGAUACAUGGAGAAGGAUCCAUACAUCUUCGCCUGGGGAAACCCUCUCGUGUCUGACCCGGCUGCCUUACCUUCGGUUGCGCGCCAGUUCGUCGAAUUCUGCGAAUCUCAAGGGAAGCGCCCAAUAUGGUCGUGCGUUGACCGAGACCUCGAGGAAAUUUUAGGCGGUCCAGAAUUCGAAUGGAGCACGGUGUCAUGUAUAUACGAGGAUGUUGUCGACCCUGCCCACGUGCUAGAGCUAACGUCGCCCGAAUCGAAAGGAAAAGAAGGCCAAAAAGUGGUGAAGGAUUUGAAGAAGAAUUUAUAUAGGGCAGAUAAGUAUGACGUGAAGGUGCAGGAAAUUUUAUCCAACGAGUGGACAGAGGCCGACAAGAUUGCAGUGGAGAAAGGAAUUGCCGAGUGGAAGGAAAAUAAGAGCGGGGUCCAAAUAGCGUCGACAACCCUUCAACCGUGGCUUGACUCGGUACAUCGAAGAUAUUGGCUAGCAAAGAAGGACGGUGAGCCUGUCGGAAUCCUCAUUCUCACACCUAUCCAAGCGUCGUCGUGGCAGAUCAAGAAUGCUGUUUCUUUUCCAUCCGCGCCCAAAGGCACUUCAGAAGCACUCAUAUUCACUGCACUGAAGGAUUUGCAUGAAGAAGAAGAGAAAGCCCGAGCGUCCGGAGACAAGAUACCCCAUCCAGCCAAUGGAAACGUCACCGGAGAAGUCAUCCAACCUGUUGGGAACGGUGCACCAGCAGCUGACUCUGCAUCAGAAAUUAGCAGCAUCAGCGCCGACGCCCCUUCAGAAAGCGAGACCAAUAGUCUUUCCACUCCUCACCUGGAGAAUGGCUCAAACACUAACGUCGGACAAGGAUCAGCACCCGCGCCCUCGAAGACGAAUCAUCGAGAUGCAGAUAGAGUGACUGUAACAUUUGGUAUCAGCGCAUCGCCGGAGUUCCAGCCUAUUCGGAAUCUUGGGGGUUGGAAAGUGAAGGCGCUAGGAAAGACAUAUAAUAAAGUAGCUUCUGGCGCCAAAUUGAUUCAAAGAGGCGAGUUCCGAAGUAAAUUCGACUCUGAGGCGGAUCCCAUGUAUGUCUGCUAUCCGGCGGAUGGAUUUGGCCUGGACGGGGUAAACGCCUUGCUGAAGGUGUUGAAGAAGUAA